UAAAGCGAAGAUGUUGAAGUGAGAGGGCAAGGCCGAGGCAGCAGCGGUUGUUAAAAGAAAAGGCGAAGGAAGAGAGAAAAAAAAAAUGGGAGCAGAAGCCUUGCCCAGGAACAUAGAAAUUGCUCCUGCUGCUCCUCCUCCUCCUCCCCUCGUGCUCGGUCUCCAGCCAGCUGCUCUCAUCGACCACGUUGCUCGUGUUGAUUGGUCUUUGCUUGAUCAAAUUCCCGGUGACCGUGGUGGUUCUAUACCCGUUGCCAUUGAAGAACUUGAGCAUAUUUUAAGAGAGGUCGAAACCCAUAUGAUCACUUCCCCUGAUAAUGCAUCUCCUAUUAAGACAAUUGCCGGUGGCAGCGUAGCCAAUACUAUUCGAGGUCUUAGUGCAGGUUUUGGUGUCUCUUGUGGUAUUAUUGGGGCUUAUGGGGAUGAUGAUGAAGGCAAGUUAUUUGUGAGUAAUAUGGGUUUUUGUGGGGUGAACCUCUCUAGAUUGAGGAGGAAAAUAGGACCCACUGGCCAGUGUGUUUGCUUGGUUGAUGCCUUGGGCAAUCGUACAAUGCGGCCUUGCCUCUCAAGUGCUGUGAAAGUUCAGGCCAACGAACUGAUCAAUGAGGAUUUUAAAGGCUCGAAGUGGUUAGUGAUGAGAUAUGGAAUAUUCAAUAUUGAAGUUAUUCAAGCAGCUAUUCGGAUCGCAAAGCAAGAGGGUCUUUGUGUCUCAUUGGAUUUGGCUAGCUUUGAGAUGGUGAGGAACUUUAGAUUACCUCUUCUUCAGUUGCUAGAGUCAGGUGACAUAGACCUCUGCUUUGCUAAUGAGGAUGAGGCAGUGGAGCUUCUGAGAGGCGAGCAAAAGGUUGAUCCUGAAGCUGCACUAGAAUUCUUGGCCAAACACUGCAACUGGGCUGUAGUGACAUUAGGUUCUAAUGGGUGCAUUGCAAAAGAUAAGAAAGAGAUUGUCCGGGUUCCAGCCAUUGGGGAAGCAAAUGCAACUGAUGCCACUGGAGCAGGGGACCUGUUUGCCAGCGGGUUUUUGUAUGGACUGGUCAAGGGAUUAACUUUGGAAGAAUGCUGCAAAAUGGGUGCAUGUAGUGGUGGAUCUGUUGUUCGCUCCCUUGGGGGCGAAGUGACCCCAGAGAACCGGCAAUGGAUGUAUAAGCAGUUACAAGUUAAAGGCCUCCCUGUUCCUGAAAUCCGCAAUUGAAUCCGCAAUUCAUGUGAUUUAGUAUCUCAUAUAAGAAAAGAGGCAGUUGUUAUUGCAUUUUUGGGAUAAUUCUAUGAAAAUUCAAGACAACUAUUUCUCUACUGAAAUGAAACAAAAACAAAAGGGAAAAAUUGAUUGUUGAGUCACUGAGAAUGAGAAGUCUCGUUUUUUGUGAGACCUGACUAUCACUUGCGGUGGAUAUAAAUUGAAGAGUACCAAAAACAGUAUUUAGCUGAUUUUAUUAUGUUUUCGCUUGACAAAAGCAUUUGGCUAAAUAAAUAAAUGCCUUCCCUUCCUCCUCCAAA